CGAGUCGGCCCCCGCUGCCCUCAGAGCCCCCUCAGCCGGGGAGCGGUGAGGGGGAGGCUGGGCGAGGGGAUAUAUCGCCGGUCAUGGCGCUGCUGCUGGAACAUGAGUUCAAGCCGCUGCCGGCUGACAAGCAGAUCGAGACCUUGCCCUUCCUGGAGGCCGUGGCGCACCUGCCGCCGUUCUUCGAUUGCCUGGGGACUCCCAUCGUCUACUCGCCAGUCAAAGCAGACCUGACUGGAAAUAUCAAGAAAAUCCGGGCCGUUUAUGACUCCAACCCUGCCAAGUUCAAAACGCUGCAGAACAUCCUGGAGGUGGAGAAGGAGCUGCACGGCUCAGCCUGGCCCAAGACGGGUGCGACGCUUGCGCUGAUGUGGUUGAAAAGGGGCCUGAAAUUCAUGCUGGUGUUGCUGCAGAGCAUCUCUGACGGCGAGCGGGAUGAGGAGCAUCCCAACCUCAUCCGAGUGAACGCCAUGAAGGCUUAUGAGAUCGCACUGAAGAAAUACCAUGGCUGGAUGCUGCAGAAGCUCUUCACGGGCUCAGUCUAUGCUCUUCCCUACAAAUCUGAUCUGCUGAAGGCCUUGGAGAAAGGUAGAGAAGUGAAGGAGGAGGAAAGCAUAGAAAAAAUCCAUCAAUUUCUCACGAGGGUCACCCCGAUCCUGGAUGCCAUUUAUGAGAUGUACACGAAGAUGAAUGCUGAGCUGAGCUACAAAGCCUAAAGCUGGCAGAGGACUGGCAUGGAUUAAAUCAGGUGUGAUGGCUGUUACCUGUGCUUCAUCACUGAGGCAGCCAGGGUGGCUCCCGGCUCUCCGAUGACUUCGAUUCCUGUCUGGAUCUGCAGUGGAUAACCUGUUUUCUAACCAAAAAAUAAUAAUCAUUAAUUUUCUAUUAAGAACACGGCAAUAAAACAAUUGUGGGUGUCACUGUAGGAUUUCCCAAGAGGAAAACCAAGUGUUUCCAGUCCCAGCUCCCGGAUUCCUGUCUCCAGUGGGGCAGGGAAUGAAGUGUGGUGAUGGCAGCAUCCUGCUGAUGCGACCUGGGACCUGCCUGGCACUGGGACUGCGCCCGGAUCCCGUGGCACACCGGUGCCGAUUGGCACUGGAUCAUCCAGAAUGAUGCCCAGAGCAGAGGAACCGAUGACUUUCCGGGUGACCCCAAUUCCUCUGGUGCUGGCAGAGGGACUGGAGCGAGUCCCUCCGCCGGGAUGAGGCAGCCGGCUCUGUCCCGGCGGUGUUUGCGGUGCCUUACGAGCCCCCUCGCCUUCGGCGCUGCCGAUCCCCUGCAUGGGGCAGGAGCAGCUCUCAAUAAAAACUGACGGUA